AAGCUGAUGAAAGCCGGUCACCCUGGGCAGAUGGGAGGACCUAUCUCCGGUAUGCCAGGCUCACCCUCCGGAGGUUCUCCGAUAGGACAGAGUCCCAUGUCUCCUUCACAGAAUUCUCCGUCAAUGCGUGAUGGACACUCCCCCCCACCCCACCAUCCAUCCUACCUCCCUCAGGGGUCCAACCAUCACACCACCCCCUCCCCUGCACCUCAUGGGGAUAUGUCCCCCCACCAUCAUCCUCACAUGAACCAUCACUCUGGUUCUCCGCCAAUGCCCCAGUGGCCAUCUCAGAUACCGCCACACCUACAGCAGGAUAUAAAGCCUCCUCCCAUGAUGCCCCUCGCUCCAACCUCUGGUAUGGGAAUGGGAGGAUAUCCUCAGUACUCUUGGUACCAGACGGAGGCCGGUAUGAAUCAACAUCAGGGGCUUCUUACAUAAAUGCCUCCGCCGCCUCUCUUCUUCUUUAACCCGCCAAUUCCAUCCACCUCCGGUCGGAGGCAGGGGAUAAACAAUCGGCGACAAGUUACUUAGUGUCGUUAUAUCUGUGAUGCUUGAUUUACGGCGGAGUUCUGUCCGCCCUCUCCCUCUGCCGAUAUCCGGGAUAUCGAGAUACUUAAGACAGGGAUAUCCACGGGGGUAGAAGUGAUAUCCAUCAUCGAUCUCUCGUCCUUAAUAUGGAUAUCCAUCGUUAACAGGAUAUCUUCUACGAUAAAGAAAAUACUUUUUUAUUGAGAAAAAUGUAUAGAAAAAAGGAGACAACGAUUAAAAUUUAGAUUUUUUCCGGAAAAUUUUCGACGUGCAAUAAGAAUGUUAAACCACUCAAUCAAUAUUGUAAAAUUAUCAAAAUUAUUAUUUUCUUCUCCACAUCAGUAAUUGAUAAAAUUGAAUAAUUUGAGGUUUAUGCCAAAGUUUCCCCUUAAUAGUGAAUUUCUAUCCCCCCCCCCCUCCGUCCAGCCCCAUUGAAAAUUACGAAAAAAUGCAUUCUUAGAACAUCUAGAUUUUUGGGUCAUUUCACACUUUAGAUCCAAUCCGAAGACACUGUUUUAAACCUUAUUUAACGCGAAACUAGUCUUUAUGUAAAAAAAAAACUUUCAAAAAUAAUUCCGACCCUUAAUUGACUGAAACCAAGCCAAUCUUUACAUUCCCAUUGACAAGUAUAGUAUGGAAUUUACUUAAAAUCGAUCAAAAUUCCACCAAAAUUAUUUCAAAAAUUAAUUUAACUAGGAACUUAGUUUGAAAUAAUUUUGAUGGAUUUCUUGAAUUAUUUGUUAGUUAAUUGUAUAAAUCAUCUAGAUCUGUUUAAAUUGCUAAAUGUUGUAUAAAAAAGUUGUUUUAUUGUGAAAAAAUAAAUAUAAA